CGGCUCGAGCGCGCUUUAAAACACACACGGGCGGAAUGACGUGCAGUCAGGUGGAGAGAAAAUCGCCUUUAGACCGAGGGUGCGAAGUCGCGGACGCUCGGCGGACCUUCGCGUUAAUGAAGUGGUCCAUUAUUUUAAACGGAAACCGAAUCGGAAACAUUAUAAUUGCCUUUUAAUAUAUCAGAGCGCGCGAGACACUCCGUAGGUAAUAUCUGAGAGAGGUUUAUUUCAUUUUUUUUCUUUUGCAUGUAAUGUUUGACAUGACCGUCUUUUGGAUAAAUGAAGACGUUGUUUGGUUUCUUCUCGGAUGAAGUGAAUAAGGCUUAAGGCGGCUCGUGAUCUAACAGGACUCACUGGUGUUUUUGAUGAGCGAUGCUGCCGCUCCUGCUCCUCUUACUUUACUGGUGUAGCCAUGCUGGAGCGUCCCCACAGUCCUCACACUCUGCAGCCCAUGAGGGAGGUGAGCCAGGCCAAGAUGGCUUAAGGCCAAACAUAAGUCACUGCCGCUCUCCCAGCAUGGAAACCUUCACUUGCUGGUGGCACCCCCUUAACAACAGUCUCCAGGGAGAUGACAACAUCACCUACAGGCUUAUCUACACCCUUGAUAAUGGGCCUCCAGCAGAGUGUCCAGAUUAUGUGAGUGGUGGACCAAACAGCUGUUACUUUGACGUAGCGCACACGGUGAUUUGGCGGGUGUACUGCAUGAACGUAACGGCACACAGCAGCAGAGGUUCAUUCAUCUCUAAAGAGCACUGUUUGGACGUGGCCGAAAUCGUCCAGAUUGAUCCACCGUUUAACCUCACGUACACUUUAAUGAACAAGACCAAGGAUGAAGCAUGUUGCACCGUAUUAGUGUCCUGGCAGUACCCGAUCGCCCAACAUAUCAAUAUGGGAUGGAUUACACUCAUCUAUGAGCUACGUUACAGAGCUGUCUCUGAGCCCAACAACUGGAAGGUAAAGGAGCGGCUACGUGAACCUUAUCUGGAGCUUCUAGGCUUGCCAGUGGGGAGGUAUGAAGUCCAAGUGCGCUGCCGAUCCAUAAACAGCCACCUGUGGAGCAAGUGGAGCUCUCCAAUUACCAUCGACAUUCCUUCCAAACAUCUGCCUGAUCACAUGUUCUAUGCUCUUGUACUAAUGACUACCAUUGUAGUCAUAAUCUUGCUCGUUAUUGGACUUGGGGUUAUUCCACAAGGCAAGAGGAUAAAAGCUUUUCUCCUGCCGCCUAUCCCCAAACCCUGCAUCAGAGGGAUCGAUCCCAUGCUUCUGAAGAAAGGCAAGAUGGAUGAGAUUAAUCAUCACUUCUCCUCCCUGCAAGGCUACAAGGUGCCACACUACAGCAGGGAGUCGGUGUACCCAGUCAGCAUGGACGAAGGUGUCUUAUUAUCUCGAAUGAGCUCUAUGUCUAGCGUCCAGGAGGAUAAAGAGCCACAAGACACUCAGAACCCCGACUUCAAUGAAGACCAGCAGCUACUUCACACCCCCGAUAUCCCCAGUCCGUACUGCCAAGACCCUAUCUUCUGUAGCAAAGAGACUUUGACUCCCAAGACCAUGACACCCGAGACCCCUUUGUGGGUUUGGCCAGAGAAAAGCCCUGUGCAGCCAGUGCUGCUCUCAUUCCCAGGUACGGAGUAUAGCAUGAUUGUAAAUGCCCCUGCCCCUACGAAUACCAGUGUGCCACCUAACACUCAGGAAUUCUACACCUGUGUGCAUGGAGUAACCGCCAACGAGAUGGUACAGCUGGUGCCCUGCAUGUCAGAUUCGCUCAAAGGCUCCGCCUAUUGUGAACUAAAGGAUAAGCCAGAGGGGGACACACAGAUGCUCGGCCAGUUGGCAGCCUUCUUGGAGAAACAGGUGGACGUACGAGCCAGUGAAAUGUUUUACCCAGAAGAAAAGAAGCAGAAUGAGUACGUUGUGCCUUUAUUACCCUAAUCGACAGACAGGAGCUAGGCGUUGUGUAAAUAUGUAUAUGGCAGUCUGUUAAAAGCCAUCAGUGUUGCUGUGAGCAAAUUCAGGGGGGUAAAAAGAUAAGAAAUCAAGUUUGCACCAAAAAAAUUAGUUGUUCUGACAUUAAUAACAUAAUAUCUCAGAUUUAACAAAACAUAAGUUAUUAUUUAUUUAUCCUUAUUUAUUUAGAACCAUGCCUUAGCUGCCUUCCUACAGCCUUCAGCUGUACGUUUGUGUUAUCUUACCUCUGCCACUAGGUGGCGGAAACGUCAUGUUUUCAGGUUUGUCCGUCCGAGAUUCAUGUUAACACGAUAUCUCAAGAACAAAAGUGAAUAUCUGUAGGAUUCAUAUGGAAAUAUUAUCGUAGAAGUAAUCACAAGCAGACGACCUGAUUAGACUUUGGAAGCGAUCCAGAAAGCUCAAGGCCACAGCAAUAUCUGAAAGUUUUUCUUUAAUUGCUUUCUUCCUGUUUGAAGGAUAUUUUUCCGGGCAUUUCAGGCGUACAAAUUAGUGACUGGAGGUGGAAGAAUCCCAUUUGACGCUGUAUCGAGUUUUACUUGUUGUGUUUGGUCAUUUAAGAUGUUUGCGGUCAUCUUUAUGGAGUGUGUAAGCGCUCUCCAUUAGGAUGUGAAGACAUUUUAGCGCUCGGUAUCUGCAAACUUAACUGAUUUUCCUCAUGUCUAUUUUGCUGUGGCAAAUAACUAUCUAAAAGCAUGAGAAAAACGGAUUCCGGUCAUUUUUAGGCACACUAUCUACUGGAACAUUUGUCAAACUGGCUCUUUGCCCAUUAUGAUCUUUGCUACCCAUCAGUUAUAAAAUAAGUGAAAUAAAACAUUUCCAUGAGUUCUAUCUUAUCUUAAAUCACUGGUUUUAAAUAGAUAUGUCCAGAAUAUGUUAUAGACGAAAAAGUGGGGUUUAUUUUUGUCUUUUUUCCACUAAGAAUUCAGCUCAAGCAACUUCCUAUGGCUUUUUCCAGACCACCUCACAUAUAUCAAGGACUUCAGACACACACACAAAGUACAAAUAGAUGUACACACGUUUUGUACAGUACCUGAACAGUCAAGUACAUCGGCUUAGGUACAUACACCAAACGUUAUGCACACAGACAAGACGCUUUAAUGAUGAGCAACUCAAGGAUUAUCAGUGGGUGGGUUUUGUGGAUUCUGCUUACCCGCCCAAACACAGUUCAUGUGGAUAAAGCCUAAGAGGACAGAUCAUCCUGUAUCACUGCUCUUUGCCCUUUUCUGCAAAUCGCAGUGAAUACCACCGCUGGUUUUGUCAGAUAUUUCAGCAACAUUCUCACAAACUUGGAGAACUUCAUCUGUGAGCUGGAGUCAGACAGUCAGCCGUUCCUGUCAACUGGAGCUGCAACAAUCGACCGACAGCCCCGAGUACGUCUGAUGAAAAUUCCUGUAGAUUUUUAGAAGCAAAAUAAAACUGCACAGGUCUCUAUUUUUGGAUCGAAUGUAAUACACUACUGAAGCUCUUGCUGGAAGAGGCACCAACACAGCUUGUGUGUUUUUUUUUGUUUUUUUUUUCCUCUUUGCACCAUAUUGCCCUGUGCACUGGACUGUUCUCAGUUGGUGCAGUUAUUACAGAUAUAAAGAGAUAUGCUAUUCUAGAUGUUUAAGUUUUUUUUUUUCUUUUGUUGCUUUUAGUAGUCCCAAGAAACCCACACACUACUAGCUCAGGUUAUAAUGGUGGAUAAAGAUACGAGGUGGAUAGUGUGUACACCGAUCAGGCAUAACAUUAUAAGCAGUGAGAGGUGAAGUGAAUAACACUGAUGAUCUCCUCAUCAUGGGACCUGUUAGUGGGUGGGAUAUAUUAGGCAGCAAGUGAACAUUUUGUCCUCAAAGUUGAUGUUAGAAGCAGGAAAAAUGGACAAGUGUAAGGAUUUGAGCGAGUUUGAUGAAGGGGCAAAUUGUGAUGGCUAGACCACUGGAUCAGAGCAUCUCCAAAACUGCAGCUCUUGUGGGGUGUUCCCGUCUGCAGUGGUCAGUAUCUAACAAAAGUGGACCAAGGAAUCAACAGUGGUGAACCGGCGGCAGGGUCAUGGGCGGUCAAGACUCAUUGAUCUACGUGGGGAGCAAAGGCUGGCCCGUGUGAUCCGAUCCAACAGACGAGCUACUGUUGCUCAAAUUGCUGAAGGAGUUAAUGCUGGUUCUGAUAGAAAGGUGUCAGAAUACACAGAGCAUGAUGGGUCAGGGCUGUUUUGGCAGCAAAAUGGGGACCAACACAAUAUUAGGCAGGUGGUCAUAAUGUUAUGCCUGGUCAGUGUAUAUCUGACCAAACGUUAGGGGUAAUGGAAGUGAAUUCAAUACAUUUCAUCUUUGUGUGUGUGUAUAUGUAUGUAUGGUAAGACAUUCCGAACAAGGUUGAUAAUGACGUAACCUAAAAAAAUACAACCGUCAUAUAGCACCAUUUCCCUGGAAGCUCCUGGACGAGUUUCUGCCAUAUUGGCGCUGGUUCCAAAAGGAGGGGAAAUUGCUUCGUAGAACCACAGUUACAUACAUAAAUGUUUGUUUAUAGCCCUGGUGUCAAACACUCCAAUCUCACACUGAACUAGAACAAACCAGAACAGAGUUCAGAAUUCAUUUAUUCAUCCUUCUCAUGUAGCUCCAGCAACACUGUGUACAAGACGGGAGAACUGGCCACCAGUCUAUUUCAGGGCACCAUUAAGACACAUUCACACCCAGGGGCAAUUUAGUACAGCACAUUAGGCCUACUUGCAUGUUUCUGGGAGGUGGGAGGAAAGCAGAGAACCCACAGGAAAGCCGUGUGAACACAGAGAGAACACAGGGAGAACUCCACACAGACAGUAACCUGAGCUCAGGAUCAAACGCAGGACUGUGGAGCUGUGAGGUGGCAAUACUGUUCUCUAAACAAAAGACAAUCAUACAAAAAAAAUAUUACCAGACGGUUUUGGGGUACUUUUUAUGCUUAAGUCACACUGAUGUACCCCCAGCUCACUGUGACAAUCAUCACCUUUCAAAUAACUAAGAAAAUAUUUUAUGGUUUUGAAUUUUGGCUCUCAGGACCCAAGUAAUAAUAUAAAUCAAGCCUUUUUCAUUUCUAUCCACCAGCAGCAGCAGACGAACUGAUUAGAUUUUGGAUGGGAUCCAAACAGGCUCAAGGUCACAGCGAUGUCUGAAGCGUUUUUACUUUAAUAGCUUACUUCCUGUUUGAAGGGCAUUUCAGGCGUACAAAUUGGCGGCAAGAAGGACUAGAUCUGUCGGCAUGGCCAGUUAACUUUAACAAUGUUUUAUUUGGCCAUUUCGACAUUCUUGGUUUCUUCAUAUUUUUUCCAUUACCACUUUAGAUGCCUAGUUAUCAUUGGGAUUAUUAUGCCAAGAGCAUUAAAAGAUGGAGACAGUCCAAAGAGGCUAGGAGCAUGCUGCAAGAGGUCAUGAGGCACACAACAUGACGUGGGAUGUGGUAGCUUGGUGUUUAAGGUUGUGAGUUCGACCACCAAGCUGCCACUGCUGGGCCCCUGAGCGAGACCCUUAACCCUCAAUUGCUCAGCUGUAUAAAAAAAAGAGAUGAAAAAAUGUAAGUCUCUCUGGAGAAGGGUGUCUGACAAAUGCUAGAAAUGUAAAUAACCUUUAAAUAUGAGGAUUAGAGAUGGCAAAAUACCACUUUUUCUUUUCCGCUGUCAGCUAAUACCGAUAUCCAUUUGAUAUUGUUUCCAUUUCUCAGUAUAAAUCGUAUUAAUAACUCCUGGUGGUCCAGCGGCAGGAUCCCACGCUCUCAUUGGCACGGCCCGGGUUCGAUUGCCGGGCUGGGUGCUAACCGAGCCACUGAAGAGUUGACUCAGUGCUGGUCCCAAGCCCGGGUUAAAUGUGAGGGUUGCAUCAGGAAGGACAUCCGGCGUAAAACCUGUGCCAAAUCGAAACCUGCGGACCAAAUGAUCUGCUGUGGUGCCUCCGGACAGGGAGCAGCUGAUAGAACAACAACAUAAAUUGUAAUUCGAAUAACUCGAUCUUAACAAAAGAAACAGGAUACUACAGGACAGUCCACCUUAAAACGUCCAGAUGUUCCGUUAUUUUUGCAGAUAUCGCCCCGAUACUGAAUAUCAGAUCUCCGGCGUGACCCGAAAGCUUUGAUCAUAUGUCUUAUAUUUCUGACGGAACGAAAUGAAAAACUGAACAUGAAAGUCCUCACGUGUGCACCCGCUACCUUCAGAUACAUCCGUGACCAACUGAAGCACUUAUUCAUGAGUGCGUCUAUUUCUACCCUGUGAUCAUAGAGCAUUAUAUACUAUUUCUAGAAGAGAUCCAAGCUAUGCAGCCAAUCCUCUAAACCAGCUUGACCGAUGUCCUCAGAAACCUAGUGGUUGUCCUUUUUUUUUUUUAAAAGAAAAAGAAAAAUCAGUACAAUCAGUAGGCUUUUUUAUUUUUCUUCACUAUUCAGAAAUACUUUAUGAUUGUUAUUACAUUAAACAAAGCACUGUGUGAUCGAUGCAAGCAAUCUUUGCUCUUUUGUCUGUUUUUAUUUCGUUUAACUGCCAAUGCUAUUCUUUUGUAUCGAUUAUGUAUUGUACAAACUUUAAUUUGUUUCAUUGAGUAUAUAUAUAUGUUUUUUAACAAUGGAUAUAAUCACAAAGCUGUGCGUUUGCUGAUCUCCAUUUUGUCUUGCUUUUCACCAUUCCCCUCUUUUUUCUGUCGUUUAUCUCUGUCGUAUUAUUCCACUCUUGUGGUGUUUGCCACGUUGUGAUGUCACGUGACUCGUCGUGUGUCGUGCUGCUUGGACGUGUGUCGUGCCUUUUUGUUGUGACACACAAGUACACAAUGAGAACAAUACCUGGGGGGGAAACGCAGUGAAGAUGUGAACAGCGUGUAUAUAUUUUGCAAAUACUGUAAAUUUAAAUGGAUGGAUAUAUAUAUAUAUUUUAAUUUUAAAUGUGAGAUGAGAACUAUUUUGUUUGGAAGCACUUUCCCAGGUGGUGAAUAAAGAGAACACAUGGCCUUCAGAUCUUUAUGGACACAUUGUGAUAUGAAUUCACAAAACACACACACACACAUGAAUACAGGUUUACAUUUGAGCUGUGCCUUCACUUCAAAGUUUUUCACCAGCAGAUGGAACCACAUGUCUCAUAAUGACCGGGACUAAACACACACACACACACACACACACACACACACACACACACACACACACACACACACACACACACACACACACUGCAAGGCAAAAGUAUGAAAGCAAGCAAGCAAAGAUUUUUUUGCUUUGUUAAUGUUUUGUAAUUGUAAUUGACUUGUACAAAUAAAGUAUAAUUAUAAUAUAAGAAUUAUUUAUUACUACAACUUGAUUUUUUUUCCAAUCGUAUUUAAACCCGAAACACCAGUCACAGAAGCUUAGCAAAACUUAGCAAGCCCAAUCAGUUCCUACGUACUUUCUAAGACGUUCAAUCUACAAUAGAGUUUUGCUCCCAGACGUUUUCCUGUAGUUUAAAUAACACAAAGACUCUUUACUGCUAGCUAUAUUUCUGUUCCCUGAAUGAAAAACAAACAAGACAUCUUUAAAAAAAAAACAACAUAUUUUAUCUGAGUGUUCUACACAGUACAUGAAUAGAAUUAUUGAGAAUUGUAUUAUGUAUUAUGUACGUAUCUAUGUAGUGAGUGAUGUAAAUGAUUUCACACUGUAUUGAAAAU